AUGGCGCUCGACGUACCGGCGCGCCAGGGCGGGGGCACCCACAUCGACGAAGAGGCCGCCCAGCCGCUCGCCAGCCGCCAGGUCGUGACCUUGGAGAUCGAGCCCGGGCCCCCCCCGUCGCCGGCGGAGGCCGCCGCCCGGCCGCGGCACGCCGCGCCGCCCGCCGUGGCGCUCCUGGCGGCGCUGGCCGCGCUCUGGUGCUGGUCCGCGGCGGCGGGCCGGGGGUGCACAGAGUCCUGGUCCGACGAGAACCGGGAAGUCUUCCAGCGGGACGCGCUCUGGGCGGCGGCGGUGGUCGUGCCGUAUGCCGCGCUGGCGGCCUGGUGCGUGUGGGUGCGCGGCAGCUUCCAGGCCAGCCUGCCGUUGCACCGGUGGACGAGGGCCUACGGGGCGGGCGCGGGCGCGGCGGCGGCGCUGUUCGCCUCGGACCCGUGGAGCCAAGCGUGCGGGAACUGGCGUGUGGCCUGGGUUCCGAUCAAGCUCAUGUUCGCGACCCUGGGGGCGCUGAAGAUCGUCUCGCUGGUCAUCGUCGCGAACAAGCUGGAGGAGCUGCAGCGCCCGCGGGUCGCAUUGGCCGUGCGGUGCAUCUCGACCGUGAUGCUGCUGUGCGCAGUGCUGUUGUGCUUCGUAGUUUGGGUUGACCUCACUGACCAGUUUCUCACGCGGCCGGACUGGCUACUGCGAGUUUUUCACGCGGCCGGACUGGCUCUUGCGGCCGGCGUGCUGUUCGCCUACCUGGGCGCGUGUAUAUUCGGCGUUUGCGGCCUCUUGGCCGCCGCGGCGCGCGCCCUCUCCACGGGAAGCGCGACGCAGCGGCGCGCGGCCUGUUUCGUCGUGGCGACGGCCCUCGCCCUGGCGCUCUCCUUGGCCACCAGCGUUGCGCUGUUCGUCGGACACGGUGCCUCCCUGACUCUCUGGGUGGCGGCCCUCGACGCGCUGGGCGACUGCCUCGCGGUGGCGCUCUUCUCCGGGCUGAUCGGGCCGCCCUCCCUGCAGGUUCUCGCACGCGAUGCGUUCUCUGCCAUCAAUUGCUACACCGACGACCAGCUCCAAUCCUUCUACGAGAAGUAUUUGGAAUACCUGGACAGGGCGCAGGUGAAGUGGGUGCGCUGCGGCUACUUGCGGCGGCUGGCCUCAGCCGGUGGCAUCAUGCAGCGUUGCCAGGAGGUACCGCUCGACCAGGUGUUCAUCGGCAGCAGAGGAUUUCCACUUGUACGUGUUGGUGAGAAGAACAGGUUUGUCCUUUCGCACCCGUGGUUGUCAAAGGAGCACCCCGAUCCCACUGGCGUCAAGUUGAGGCUGCUCGUGCAGCAGCUCGACAUGCUGCAUGCCUCCGACGAUCACGCCGUGUUCGUGGACUACAUGAGUCUCCCCCAGAACGACAAGCUGAACCCGGAGCUGCAGCGCAUCGAGGCCGCGUCGGGGAUGCCCAAGCCUGGCUCGCAUCCGUCCGUGCGCACAGUUGCGGAGGAGGCCCAGUUCAAGGAGUCGCUCUCCGCCAUGGAGCAGAUCUAUAGCAUUGGCAAGACGCCCGUCAUUGUUCUGCCCAUGGAUGGCGACGUGGACGCGGGCAGGGAGUACAUUUCCAGAGGCUGGUGUCUUCUGGAAUUCUGUCUCUCCAUGGGCUUCGACAACAUCUCGAAUGCCGCGAUCCACGAGCCUGUGAGGCGCCUGAGGGAGCAUGUGGAGUCCAUGAACGGACACACGGUUCAGGGCUUCCGCGAAGCGUUUAAAUUGACGCACUUCACGAACAAGGGCGAUGCCAACGUCGUUCUCACGCUGUUCGAGAACACGCUGAAUCUGGCAUCUCGCCACUGA